AUGGGAGAUAUUAUUUAUGAUAAUGUUGUCAGCACUGAGUCUGAGGAAAUGAACAUAGAGAGAAUGGAGAUGAUGGUGGACAUCUAUGAAUGUGCAGAUUCUGUGAGAGAUCAUGACUUUAGGACAGAAACAAACACACAUCAACAACUUCAGUAUACGGGAAGUGAGAAUGUGAGGAUGAGAAGUUACAGAUCAGUUUCAGUGUGUUUGGUGCUGCUGUGUGUUCUUCUACUGACUGCAGUCAUAGUGCUGUGUGUCCUCAUCAAUACAAACAAUCAACAGUUUAACAUCAAGAACAAAAACAUCACUGAAGAGAGAGACCAGCUACUAACCAAAUAUACCAACAUCACAAAAGAGAGAGACCAGCUACUAAAUAAGAAUCUAAACCUCACAGAAGAGAGAGAUGAAUUAUUAGCCAAGUAUAUGGUUGUGUUUACAGAUGGAUGGAAAGAAUAUCAAUCCAGUUUGUACUUCAUUUCAUCUAAGUGGAAGAGCUGGACUGAGAGCAGAAGAUACUGUAGAGAUAGAGGAGCAGAUCUGAUCAUCAUUAACAACAAAGAGGAACAAGAUUUUAUUGCGAAGAAUUCUGGUAAUGACGGACUCUGGAUUGGUUUGACUGACAGUGAUGUAGAGGGCAGAUGGAAAUGGGUUGAUGGCAGCACACUAAACACUAGCUUCUGGAGGUAUAAUGAACCUGGUGGACAUACAGGAGAGAACUGUGUUUUGUUUUAUUCAUCAGGGUGGGCUGAUUACUCCUGUACUCGUGUUUUUAAAUGGAUUUGUGAGAGACCACAGUAGCAACUUUCUCUAAACAUUUGUUUUUAAGCAGUAAAUAGUGAAGA